CCACAUCAAUGGCGUUGGAAUGGGUUGUUCUCGGCUACGCCGCCGGAGCCGAAGCCAUAAUGCUGCUUCUAUUAACGGUUCCGGGUCUUAACCCGCUUCGCAAAGGGCUAAUUUCCGUGACCCGGAAUCUCCUCAAGCCAUUUCUCUCCAUUGUACCCUUUUGCCUCUUUCUGUUAAUGGAUAUCUACUGGAAAUACGAGACCCGACCCACUUGUGAAUCCGAAUCUUGUUCUCCAUCGGAGUACCUUCGUCAUCAGAAAUCAAUCAUGAAAUCUCAGCGUAAUGCUCUUCUGAUCGCCUGUGCUCUGGUGUUCUAUUGGUUAUUGUACUCUGUUACUGGCCUUGUUGUGAAAGUUGAGCAGCUGAAUAAGCGGGUGGAGAAGAUGAAGGCUUCGGAUUGAUCCGAUCCGGUUUGAUUUGAUGGAUCGGGUUUCUGGAUCUUUUGUUUUCGGG